AAUUUUCGCGACGGUAAAGCGUUGCGAUGCAACAAUCGGUAUAAAUGACGUCUUGGCGCGUCACAAAGGUAGCACGGUAGUGGGGAAAAACUGAUGGGAUAGUAUCCAACACAUAUUAGUCAAAAACGGUGUCCACAUAAAGCUAAACGCGUUUAAUGAACGAGUUUCUUCCACGAAAGCGCGUAGUGUGAGUGAAUCCCGGAGCGGAAAAUGAACGGGAACGUUCCAAAUUACCCGGAACACUUGAAUCCGUUCAAGUCUAAGGGUGGCUUGAGGAACUCCUUCCGAAAGGUGUUCAGGUCUUUCACCGGAAAGGACAGACAACGACCGGAUAAAGACCUUCAGAGAAAUCGGAUCACGAUCCAAUUAACUCCUCAAAAUCACAGCGCGCACGUGCCCGAAGCUCUACCCAGAUCUAGGUUCAAGGAAAGAUUGGAAAAAACAGAACACCUCAAAAGAAUUUCAACUAAGGAAAAUUCCAAUACGUACGAAGCCGACAAUCCUUUUGACGAACAAGAUUUACCGCCACCUCUUCCCCAAUCCGCCCCACCAGAAGACAUACCACCCGUUCCCGCCGUUAGAUCGAAAUUACGGAAGAAGAAGAAAAAACGCGCUGCCCCGUUGCCUCCAGGAAUAACUAGCAGCGAUGGCCAGUAUUUAGAAGUGCCUUCAAGAAACGGCUCCAAAUGGAGUUUGACUUCUACGGAUACCGACGCUUCUUCGAUAUGUUACUCAGAGAACGAAGAAGUGCCGUAUCGCGAAGAAGAAACUCAACAAAUUUUAGAAAUCACCCGCAAAAUAGCCGAGUUCACCGACGAUACGAAUAACAACUUGACUUUCUCCAACGAGGUAACCAUCAAAGUCGAAGAUGUCGACGAGAAUGAUAAAGAUGACACAAACGCGAUUAAAGAUUCUAAAAAGGACGAAGAAAUCGAUGAGAAAAUAAGCGAUUUUAAAGAAGAGUACGAAAUCAAAGAUAUAAUAAAAGAUGACAUCACCAAAAACGAUGAGGAUGCAAAAAUAGAGACUGAUGAAAUACCAAAGAAAACUUCUCCCGUUACAAAUGGUUGUGCGAAUAUUGAUCAUAAUCAAAAUUCGAUUUUACGCGUAAAAAUAAUUGAUAACGAAGAAGUCGUUUUAAGACAUCCCGAAGAUUACUACGACGAUGAUAACAGUGAAAGAGAAAGUUUAUCUAUAAAAGAAAAAAUACAACAUUUCGAGUCGUAUAAAAGUACUAGUCCGACAUCGAAAGUUCGCCAGACGAUUUUAACCAAAGAAAACCUCUUGGGAACCGAAUAACGUAAAUAUAUUUCAUAUAUAAUAAUUAAGUUUCAUCGCAAAUUCCUAUUUAUUACUAUACGUUGUGUGCUAUUUAUAUUUUAUAAGGAUUACUUAACGCGAAUCGCUUAAAACUGUUUGACUUUUGAUAAGAUAACAUUCUCGAUAAUUCCUUACGAAAUUAAUAAAACUGAGACAAAAAAAAAUUGUAGAAAACAAGACACUUGAUUAUAUACCUUCAUAUAUAACAACAUAUAUAUGUUAUUAAUGAUAAUUUUACAAUCUUCCAUCCUACGGCGAAAAGUCGAGUUGAAAUGAUGAUAAAAAAAGGUAAUCCAUCUCACGGUGAAAAGUUGAAUUAGAAAGUAAGAGAAUGCGUAAUAAAUAUAUACGUAUCGAUUUUUGAAACGUUACUGACGAGGUUAAUAUUGUAAAUUGUAAAAGAUUGUUUUAGGAGUAAAUAAAACACAAUAUAUAUUUUU